AUGACGAGAUUACUUCUGCACCCCAUGGAGGUCGCCCUCAACCAGCUGAACAGCACUGCGUCGGUUCGCAUCCACGGUUCUGGCCGUCGUGCCUGCACUGGCUUUAACGAGCAUGUUUCGGGAACCCAGGCUGCUCCCUGCCAGGCGACGGCGCGGGUCGGCCCGGACUGCGGGUCACUGGCUGGGAAGAAGCACCGGGCCCAGACCAGCGGGUCCACAGCGCCCGUGCUGCCCCUCGCAGGUCAUCGGCCUGCGGCUCCGCACAACCUGGCGGCGCUGGGACAACCUUUGGCCUUGGGUCCCGGCGCGAGUGGUGACCAGGGCCAGGCGGCCGGCGCCCCCCGCCCUGGCGGCCCCAAAGCGCAGGGGUGUCCCCAGGGCCGCGGGGCCGCAGGUCUGCGUGUGGCACGUGCCGGGGGAGCCGCCGUGGCCGGGCCCCGAGGGGGGAUUCCCGCCCGGCAGGGGAGGAGACGCCCCGAGGGGAGCGGGCCACCGCGGCAGCUCCUUUCCGACCCGCAUCCCCGGGCCCCCGCGGCGCCGGAGACCCCACCCCACGCCGCGGCCGGGGUCCCCGCGCGGCCCGCCCCGCGCCCCCUCCCCGGCCCGCCGCCCCCCGCCCGCCCGCGGCCGGGACCCACCUCCGCCCGCCGCGCCGCUUUCUCCUCAGCUCGGGAGCGACUGAGCCGCCACCCUGUGCGCACGCGCGCCGAGGCCCCGCCCCCCCCGAGCACGCGCGCCCGGGGCCCCGCCCCCGCCGGGCACGCGCUGCUGGCGGCCCACCCAGAGCGCCCGUGGGCCCCGGCUGGGCUCUGGGCAUGCGCGCUGCGGCGCGGCAGCGGCAGGAGCAGGUCCCGGCCCCCGCGCCCAGCACGGAAUGCGGGGUGGGGGGUGAAGGGGGUCUCGAGGAAAGCCCGCGGGGGACUGCGGGGCCCCGCGGAGAGCAGGGCCGGAUGCUCGGGGCGGGACCUCGGCGCAGGGAGGGCCGGAGGAGCCCGGAGCAGCGGGUCCAGGGACGCGGGCAGAGGGGGGCGGCAGGCCCGAGGCGAGAGGCAGGGACCCCGCUGGGGUCGGGCCCGCGGGGAAGCCGGACAGACGUAG